AUGAUAGACGCAGAAGGUACAGUGAACCAUUGGAUCAGGGCUCCAGACACAGUAUGUGGAUCAGGGUUCAGGGUUCCAGACACAGUAUGUGGAUCAGGGUUCAGGGUUCCAGACACGGUAUGUGGAUCAGGGUUCAGGGCUCCAGUCCCAAAACCCCCGCGGCGCACUCAGCCCCAUGACGCACUCAGCCCCCACGACAUACACGGCCCCGCGACGAACUCAGCCCCCACGCGACGCACUCAGCCCCGCGACGCCACGGCACCCGCGACGCACUCAGCCCCGCAACACCUCCGCUCUCGCGACGCCUCAGCCCCCGCGACACCUCGGCCCCCCGCGACGCACUCGGCCCCCCGCGACACCUCCAGCCCCCCGCAACACCUCCCAGCUCCCGCGACGCCUCCAGCUCCCGCGACCUUGCACUCCGGCACCGUGACACACUCCGGCUCCGCGACACCUCCAGCUCGCGACACUCAGCUCCGCGACACGCGCUCGACCCUCGCUGACGCACUCCAGUUCCGCGACGCACUCAGCCCCACCGACGCACUCAGCCCCGCGGCGUACUCAGCCCCCGCGACACACUCACUUCCCACGACGCACUCAGCUCCUGGCUUACUCAGCCCCCCGCGACACACUCAGCUCUCGCGACGUGCCGGCCACCAACACACUCACCUCUCGCGACGUACCGGCCACCGCGAACACACUUCCGUGAGCGCACUCCUAGCCCCGCGACACACCGGCAUGGCGCACUCAGCUCCGCGACGCACUCAGCCCCACGACACUCCCAGCACCCGCGACGCCUCAGCCCCGCGACGCACUCAGCCCCGCGACGCACUCAGCCCCCACGCGACACACACUCCAGCACCCGUGACGCACUCAGCCCCCGCGACACACUCAGCCCCGCGACGCACUCAGCACCCGUGA